CACUUCCAUCCAUGGCUCAGCACUAAUCGCUCACUCUCGCAAUCCAUCGCUCAGCGAUCUUCCCUCGCGAGCUUACAAGACGACAACAACAAUAACAAUCACCCCACCACUCAAACACUCCUCCGUUCCAUCCAUCGCGUCGCAACCCGCAACCAUGAACAACGACCAAUUCCGCCGCCUCGUGCUCGACAAACCCGACUCCAGGCGCCCCCCCAACCGCAGCCCCAGCGAUGGCACCUCCCCGGACCAACCCUCCCGCAGAGCCAUGGGGGGAGCCACCCCGUCCGCCAGCGCAUUAGGAUCGCGCCAACGAUCCAGCAUCCCCAUGACACCUCGCACCCUAACAACCCCCUCCUUCGCGCACCAACUCGCCGAACACCGACUCUCCACCCAACCCCCCCCGAAACGAUUCAAAUCGUCCGCGGCCCCCAAAGGCAGCAAGCUGGCCGCGGGCUACCAAGACCGAUCGGCGCUGCUGCGCUCACAUGCGGACGAAGACGGCGAGGCCGGGAUGACGGAGCUGGAGAAGCGCGUCCAGGCGCUGGAGGAGAUGGUCAAGCUGGGACAGAUUGAUCAGGGGACGUUUGAGAAGCUACGGGGGGAGAUGGGCGUGGGGGGCGAUUUGGGGAGUACGCAUAUGGUGAAGGGGUUGGAUUGGGCGCUUUUGAAGAGGGAUGAGCUGGAUAAAGUGUUGGGGGAGGAGGUGUCGGCUCCUAGGGUGAAGGUGAAGGAGAAGGAGAAGAAGAAGGGGGUUAUGGCGCCGCCGCCGCCGCCGCAGAGGAAGACGAGGGAUCAGAUUCUACGCGAGUUGAGGGAGAGUCGCGCUGCUGCUGCUGCUGCUGCUGCUGAAGUGAAACCGGAGCCGGCGCUGGGGACGAAGUUUAAGCGGAUUGGGGGGGAGUCGAAGGCGGAGAAGAAGCGGUGGGUGGAGCAGGACGAGACGGGGCGUCGGAGGGAGAUUCUACAGAUCACGGACGCGGAGGGCAAGACGAAGCGGAAGGUGAGAUGGUUGGAUAAGCCGGGGGAGGCGAAUGGGGUUCCUGUUGGGUUGUUGGUGCCGGACAAGGAUGCGAAGCCGCUGGGCAUGGAGGUGCCGGCGGAGAUCGCGUCCAAGAUGGCCCCUCCGGAGGAAGAGGAUGAUGAUAUCUUUGCAGGCGUGGGGGAUGACUAUAACCCGCUGGGCGAUUUGGGGGAGGAGGACGAUUCGGAGGAUGAGAGCCAGAGCGAGGAUGAGGAUGGCCAACAAGUGGGCGUGGGCGAGAAGGAGAAACGGGCUGAAACCGCCCCCGUCAGCGUCAGCGAUACGAAGCCGGCUGAGACAACCAGCAAACCCCGAAAUUACUUCGCUACAUCUUCUACAGCGGAGGAGGUGUCUGAGGACCGGUCUAACCCCCUGGCCAGGGACCCGACGCUGCUGGCGGCCCUGAAACGGGCCGCGACGUUGCGGCAAUCCGAGGAGGGCGCGGGUGACGCCGAGGAGGGCGGUUCGGAGACGGCCCUUCGUCAGAAGAGAUUCCUGGAGGAGGCGCGGCGGCGGGAAGCCCUGGACGCGAUGGACAUGGACAUGGGCUUCGGGGGCAGCCGCAACGACGACGACGACGAGGACGAGGACGUGGUGCUGGAGUCGGAGGGUCGGGGCGCGAAGAAGAGGAAACGGGGCCGAAGAAGAAGAAGGGCGACAAGGACAGCGCGGAGGAUGUGAUGCGCGUGCUGGAUGGGAGGAGAAAGGAGUGAUCGGAUGGUUUGAUACGGAGUGCUCCUGCUACAUCUGAUACUGCUGCUGCUGCUCCGUCCUUGCCAUGGCGUGUCGGUCAUUUGGGAUUAUUGUGCAUAGCCUGCCAGCCACUGUGACUAUGGCGUUUCUUUCAUUUCGGCGCCACUGAAGUAUCCUCUCCGCCCCUGAGAGUUGACCAUCUGUCUCGACGACCUUUAUUCUGUACUUCGGAGAGGCUUGUCGAUUGUAAUAGCUGACUGCUAUGGUGGGAAUUUAAUUGUCGAGCUAGUGCUUGUAGUUGAUGAGGGAGUAUAUUUGGGACGGAAUAUCGGAUGGUUCUGCCUGAACUGGCUGGCCAGGUUAUGCACGUAAGUCAUAAAGGCAAUGCUGCUUGGUUCCGACAAUCAGG